UAGUAAAAAAAUAUCUUUUAGGUUACUAUUACAAGCAUGCACAAGUGUUUCAUUCAUUUAUUUCUAAUUUUAGCAAGUUUAUUUAUUUAUUUAUUACGAAGGAGUUUUAGGUACUGCAAAGAAAUCAAAUGUUUUUCUGCGCCUACAGAGGGCGCCGUGUCCGUUCACUGUUUUAGCUGACGGCAGAUCGCUUUGUUGGGUGACGAAGCACAAAUUGAAGCUCUGUUAAUGCUUUGUCAUGUUUAGGUUCGUUGCCUGUCAGCAGUCAUUAGUCAGCAGGACGGACUCGCUGGUCAGCACGCGGUGACCGGAUGCAGCUGCCAUGAAAUCCUGCUGCUGCUGGUGCUGCAGGGACGCGCGCGCCGCCGAACUCACCGCCAACAUGGGGAUCAAUAAAACGGUCGUUAGUGUCGGUUAUGCGACCUUCGGGACGCUCGUGGGCUUCUCCGCCUUCCUUGUGUGGAACAUCGCGUACACGCAGCCGUGGACGGCAGCCGUGGGAGGACUGUCAGGUGUGUUGGCUCUUUGGACCCUGAUGACUCACAUAAUGUACCUGCAGGACCACUGGAGAACCUGGUUAAAGGGCCUUAAGUUCUUCCUCCUCUCUGGGCUUUUCUUCUCUGUGCUGGCAGUUGCAGCCUUCAUCACCUUCCUGACCAUCGCGAUCCGCAGAAAGGAGUCUUUGACCGACCCCCGAAGCUUCUAUCUGUCCUGUGUGUGGAGCUUCAUGAGCCUGAAGUGGGCGGUUCUGCUCGCCCUGUCUGCUCGCCGCUACCGCAAAGAGUUUGCUGACAUCAGUAUUCUCAGUGACUUCUGAGCAGUUUUCAACUUUUUCAGUACAGAGAUUUUGAAGUGUGCAAAAAAAAAGGUUAUAUUCUAAAUGC